ACAUCCGGGUAUUUCUGUUAUGGUGGCGUUCAGAGCGCCGUGCUUCUUUGGCAGCAGCCUGUCUCACUCCCAGUAGUUGCAUGCCUUGUGAAGUAAAGCCGCGGUUUCUGGUGCUAUAUGGGUCUCAGAAAGGUCAAGCUCAGUCCAUAGCUGAGGGCAUAGCUGAAGAGGCUGAGGAACACGGACUGGCUGCUGAUCUGAUCUGCUUGAACCAGAACGACAAGUACAAUUUGGAGAGAGAGAACGCCCCGGUGGUCUUUGUUGUGUCCACCACUGGAGAUGGAGAACCACCAGACAAUACUCUGCAAUUUGUAAGAUGCAUCAAGAAGAAGACCCUUUCCCCUGACCACUAUAAACACCUUUGCUAUGCACUUUUAGCUUUAGGAGACACAAAUUAUGCAAAUUUCUGCAACUGCGGGAAGACAAUUGAACGUCGUCUUCAGGAACUCGGAGCUAAACAGUUUUAUCCGACAGGAUAUGCAGAUGACGGUUUAGGGCUGGAGGUGGUUGUCGACCCUUGGCUUGAAGGACUGUGGAGUGCCAUCAAAGAGGUUUUAUCUAAAAUGGCUUCUCUUUUGAAGGAGAAUGAAGAAAAUUCAGCCACAGACAUUCCUGAUUUGUCCACACCAGACGUCCAGCUAAACGCUUUAAGCAUCACAGAUCAGCAGAACUGUGAGCCAGUCAAACCGUCUCUAAGCUCAGACUCUAAAUAUGCGUCUCCUCCAGCCGUUCUUGACCUCAGACCAGCUUCUUUAUCGGGGAGUGCUGGCUUGGAAUCCAGAUUCACCGGCGGCGCUGCACCAAAAACUCAGAUCUGUAAUGACGAACUGGCAGCUUCACUGACGGUCUCCCUGCCGCCACUGUCCGAGUCCUCCCUUCAUGUUCCUGCUCUACCUCCUCCUUAUUUAGACGUUUUCGUUCAGGACGUGGACUCUGUGGAACAGACUAUGGGGCCAUUAAACCAAGAGACUUUUCAUGAGGUACCUGUAUCCAGGGCAGUUCAGCUGAGCAGAGGAGACUCGGUCAGGACAGCUCUUCUAGUGGAGCUGGACAUCUCUGCUCAUCCGACGAUGAGCUAUCAGCCCGGGGAUUCUUUUGAUGUUUUCUGCCCAAACAGGGCUGAAGAGGUGGACGAGAUGCUCUGCAGACUGGGCCUUCAGGACCAAAAGAACCAUCGUGUUCUGAUCACUCUGAGGAAGGACACAAAGAAAAAAGGCGCCCAGUUGCCGUCCCACAUCCCUCCGAACGUUUCCCUGCUGUCCCUGCUGACAUGGUGCCUAGAGAUCAGAAGCGUGCCUAAAAAGGCUUUUCUGCGAGCGCUGGUGGAGCACACAGCAGAUGGAGCGCAGAGGAGGAGACUGCAGGAGCUCUGCAGCAAACAAGGCGCUGCCGACUACAACCUGCACGUACGAGAUCCAAGCCUCGGCGUUGUGGAGCUCCUCGCCGCCUUCCCGUCCUGCUCGCCUCCUCUCAGCCUCCUCGUAGAGCAUUUGCCGAAACUGCAGCCGCGGCCUUAUUCAGCAGCCAGCUCCUGUCUGAAGCACCCAGGAAAGCUGCGUUUUGUCUUCAACGUGCUGGAGCUCCCAGCAUGCCCUGGGAGGCCUGUGGGCCGGCGAGGCUUGUGCACCGGUUGGCUGUUUGACCUCGUCCAUCCCUGCCUGGCGCUCCCUGGGAAGCUCGACUCUUCCGGCAGCAUGCCUCUGCUCAAGAUUCCCGUGAGUUUGAGACCCAACUGCUCCUUUAGACCUCCUCCUGACCCGUCAGUGCCCUUCAUCAUGGUCGGACCUGGAACUGGAGUUGCUCCUUUCAUUGGCUUCCUCCAGCAAAGAGAGGAGGAGAGGAAGGAGACGCCCGAGGCCACGUUUGGAGAGACCUGGCUGUUCUUUGGUUGUCGCCACAGAGACAAAGACUACCUGUUCAGAGAGGAACUGAAGGACCUGGUGUCUGGCGGCACCCUGACCCACCUCAAAGUGUGUUUCUCCAGAGACGACCGUGGGGGUGAGGAGGCCGUCACCUCAGCAGCUCAGCCCAGAUACGUUCAACACAAUCUGCUGCUCAACUCCCAACAAGUUAUGGACAUCCUGUUCAGACGGAACGGCUCCGUCUACGUCUGUGGGGAUGCGAAGAACAUGGCUAAAGAUGUGAAUGGGACCCUGGUGGAGAUGAUUAAAGAGGAGCUUCACGUGGACCAACUGGAGGCCAUGAAGAAACUGGCACAGCUUCGAGAGGAGAAGCGCUACUUACAGGACAUCUGGGCCUGACUGUAGCGGAGCAUCUGCUCCAACACUUCCAGUAAAACCUCUACAACCACAAAUUAGCUGCUGCUGGAGCCUACAGGCUAUAUUACAUCGCCCGGUGCCACUAAGAUGGAGCGACCCGUGUGACCCGUGGGUAUCCGUUCCCUCCGCCUCCUUCGCCUCCGCUGUUUGGACCGAGCCGACCUUGGCUGAGGCAGCGAUGCAGGAGACCAGUGCAACGAAGGCUUUUAGUGGUUUUGGCCUCCUUCCUGAUGAAAAGCUGUUUAUUACUGGAGUGACUGGGACGAGGCUGAGCGGGGACGGAGCUCCCGCCUGAAGGAAACGGCUUCAGUCCGUCGUUCUUCAACAGCAGAACAGGAACGUGGCCGUCGAGCGAAGGAGGAGGUCGUUUUCAUCCGAGAAACGCUCGUUGGCUGGAAAUGUUCAGGUGCUGCCACCCGACUCCGGCUUUUAAAGCCGGUUGAAAAGAAGUGUUGAGUUUUUCAUUUGACUUACAGAAACAUAACGACUUGUUUUUAUCAU